AUGGAGGUUGAAGAAGAAACGACCUCAAACCAUCUCCAAGAGUCAAUGGCAGCAGAAACAACAAUCGUAAUCAAUGAAAGCUUGUUAGAAAAUACUACUAGUACUGAUAACGAUUCUGCGAAAGUUCUAUCAAAAUUGAUAUCCAAAUCAAACGCUUUAGAAGAAGAGGACUCAUCUGUUUCCGUUCCCAAAUCGGAGGAUUCGGAAGCCUUUGUGGUGGUGGCGGUGGAGGAAAAAGAGGAGGGUGAGAAUGGGGAGGAGGUUUUUGUUCAUUGCCGGAAUUUGGAGUCGGAUGCGGCAUUGAGCGAUGGUAUUGUGAAUUCGGUUGUGGUUGAGUCGACGAAUGUGGUGGAAUACUCGAAGAAUGGGGAUGAAGAUGCCGUCAAGGAAAUUGACGUACCUAGGCAUGACGUGGCAGCGAUGGAGUGUGGUGGUAGUGAGUUGAUGUGUUCGGUUAACGUUGACGAUGGUGAGGGAGAGGUGGCAGUGGUUGAACGGAAUGAUGAACUGGAGGUGGUGGAGGAAAAAGUGGAAACUAAGGGAGAGGAUACCGAUGUUGGUGAUUUUCCGGUGACUGAGAAAGAUGAGAUGGUGGGGAAGGAGGCGAUGAAAGAGGAGGAUAUCGCCGAGGUGUUGCCUGUUAUUCAUAAUGGUGAAGGAGAUGAAGCAAUGAAUCAAAUUAAAGAAGAGGAUGGUGUCAAUGUCCAGUUGGAAGAAGUUGAAAAUGCCCAAGGAAUGGCCGGUUCUGAUAUGAAGAGGAAGUUGUUGGUGUUAGAGAAGAUUUCAAGGAGGAAACAUUGA